UAAUUAUCAUGUAUUAAAUUACCUAGUUGUAUCUUCUUCUAUAUAAACCCUUGUCCACACCUUGUACUCUUUCGUGCCAAAGUACAAAGUUUGUACAAUAACAUUCAUACUCUCUCAAACCUAAACAUUCCACAAUUCUUUUUUAUCUUUCACAACCUAUUUUCCAAACUCUCUCACAAUGACCAACAUGAAGAACAAAACAGCAAAGUUGUUGAAGCAAAUCAUAGCCGGUUUAACCGCAAUGACAAAGUCAAAAACCAUGGCUUUAAAAUCUAAAGCAAACGCCAUCAAAGCUCGUUUGAUUAUAUUCUCACUCAUGAAGAACAAAAAGUUCCUCAUGACUUCCAUUUCAGAUAAAUUCCAUUCCAUUUGGGGGAACCAUUCUUCUCAUCAUUCCAAGGAAGAUUGUUUAAUUGAAGAAGGUGUCAACUGUGAUGAUCAUCAUCCUAGAGCCAUGGUUAUUUAUAACAACAACGCCCGCACUUACGAAGCGUUGCAAAAUCCAAGUGAAACACAAGUUGUGGAUGAACAAGAUCAAGAAGAUGGUUACUACGAACAUGAGGAUGAUAAGUACCCUGAUUUGACUCACAGUCUUUUUGAUUCUGAGGAAUUGGAUUUCGGAGGAUCAGUGAUUGAUAGGGUGAAGAAUUGUAAGGAAGAAGCAGGGAAAGAGUUUAAACUUGAGGAUGAUAUUGAUGAAGUUGCUGAUCUUUUUAUCAGAAGGUUUAGAAGAAAUAUAAUCUUGCAGAAACAAGAUUCAUUGAAGAAAAAGAGACAAAUCGAGCAAAAUGGUACUUGAAUAAUCCUCAUCAUUCUCUCCCUUUGUUAUUGUUAUUUUUUUUUCAAGAAUAAGGGAGAUUAUAUUAUAUAAUAUAUGGUUGAUUUUUUUAAGAUUAGCACAACCUAGAAUUAAUUAACUAGGGUGUGAUUUGUUUGUUCUUUUAUUUUGUUUUUGGGUGGUGAUGUCAAAAGUUUUAUACCAUGUUCUCUUUUUGAGGGAGUUUUGUAUCAAAUAAAAGAAAAGAGAAUAGAAUUGGAUGUUCUUCUGCUCUA